AACCACUUCAACGUCAGCAUUAAUGGAGCUCCAUUACGACGGCCGGGCACAGGGAAGGCCACUAGAGCUCUCGCUUUCAGGGCAGCGACAGCAGACGCUGGUGCUGCGUAACGUGACCGAGCCGAGCAGGACGACGCUCUUCAAAGUGCAGUGCACGGCCCCGCGCAAAUUGCGUGUGCGUCCGGCGCUGGGACUGCUCCAUGCGUCAGGUGACAGCGUCUCCAUCCACGUGCACUUGAACCCGCAGGAAUGUUCGUCGGCAACUUGUAAAUUGCUGGUCGUGGGUCGUCAAGCAUUAUCUACUGCAGGUGAAGACGAACAGCUCAAGAGCAUGUGGACAGCUGCCGAGGUGGCGGAUGCACAGACGUUGUUGCUAUCGGAAACUGUAAAUAUACACAUCCAAAGUGCCUCAGACGCGGCCGCAAACGACGACAAACCCGUGACGUUAUCUUCGACACCGCAGCUCAUGACGAUGCGGCUGACAACGACGCAGCUCGCCGAGCUGGUUCUGCUGAUAAUGAAGAGCCAAAGUCGUCGAAAGGAGAACGAGUUGACAGCACAAGAACAAGAGCAAUUACAGACUGCGCGAGCUCAACACGUAGCCGACUGGCCUUACUGGGAAGAAUACGCUGCUCGAAUGAGGAAACUACUUCGAGAACGCAACCAACGCAAGCCGCAAACAACUUAGUGGCGAAAACGCCUGAUACGUUUACUUCUUGUUGUUAAAUAAGAGGUACUGACCACGUCCUGCUUGUCUUCGUGUCUUUCCGAAGACAUUUGGUGGGUCUGUUUUAGUUGAUCGAUUUCUACGAGCUCUGCGAGACGCUUAUGAGGUCCACU